UUGCCGAGCGGGGGGCGGGUUCCAUCAACCGAGGGGCAAAUUUUUGAAAAGGCCGAGAACGCCCAGGCUCGGCGGGCGCCAUGGUGAUGGUUCGUCACACGGCUGACGGUUUUAAAAUUCCCAGUUUUCCAAUCGUUGUGUCCCAUGUUAUCGACUUUCAAGAGCUACGAUCUCAGCUUCGUGUUCCCGCCCAUCAAGCCAGCAAUUUACUAGCGAAUCAACGUUGGGAAAGCCUCAAGGCAUGCCUUUCCCUUCUCGUGGCUCCGUUACUCGCUAAAAUGCUCUAUUCCUAGCGUGCAGAGAUCAGACCGUCAUCAUGCGAGUUCUUUCCAUAUUGGGUUGGCUUGGGAAGCUGCGAAGUCAGCUGGGCAGGAAUCGCUGUGAUUGCCUGCUUGAGGCUUGGUAUUCCGUAAUGCCAUCCCCCAUCAAUUCCUGCCAGCCAUUCUUCCCGCUUCCUUCCUUUUCAUGUGACGGUUUUCUGAACGCUACUGGGGAUAUUGCAUUCAGCUUACAGUUCACGGAAACAUAUGAACUUAGGAAAUCAGUAGCGGGUGUCUUGCACACGCAUUGAGUAGCUUAGCUAAGUAGAUAUUGUACAAUACACAUAUAUAAGUAUACAAUACAUACC